CCAAGCCUGGGAGCCCUUGCAGUCCAGGGAAUAAAUCUGUGUAGCAUGACUCCUGCAGUGAGCAGCAGGAGUAGGAUUAAUUAAUGAUUGACAAGGUAGUAGGAAGGAAGUGAAAGUCUGAUUGGUCUCCUGGGAGACUUUUGAAAAAAGGCGCAAAAGCCAAAGGCCAGCCUUCCUUCCACAGUUGUGGGAGAAGUAGCAAGCUUUGGGAUACACACAGCCCCACAAUGCUUCUGUUGCUCUGCCUGCUGCUGCUUUUCCAGAGCUGCUGGCUGGAGGCUGCCAGGGGUUUGGAGGAAGCAGUGAAAUGUGAAAGCAUUACUGAAGCAAGCCUCGGUGAAGAGGCAAAUUUCUCUUGCAAGUUCUUACUCCCAAUGGAUGUCUUACAAGUCACUUGGCAGAAGAUAAAUGGAUCUUCCUUCCAGAACAUAGCCACUUACAGCCAAGCCCAUGGGCUGCGACUGAUAGGAUCAUUUCGGAGGAAAGCACGUUUCAUUAGAGCAGCCCUGAACACCUCAGCCAUCACUCUGCAAAAUCUCACAUUUGAGGAUGUGUCCUGUUACAGAUGCAUCUUCAAUGUGUUCCCUUGUGGCUCUUUCAGCAGCAAAGAUAUAUGCCUCAACAUCCAGAAAAGUGGAAACACAGACAAACCAGAAGUCAAAAUGUUGGAUUUGCUUUCCCCGAAUGUUACAGGUAUUCAGAAGAGAAUAAGCCUUGUGGUGGUCUUCAUAGGUGCUGUCUUAGCAGUCUUGGUACUUCUCAUCAUGGGGCUAAUCAACAGAAAAAGGAGAAGACUGCAGAAACAGAGAGCACAUAGCACACCUGAAAAGGAGAAAGGCUUACAGCAGGAUGUAAGUGAGCAAUCCAAAAGCCUGAACAUGCUGGAGGACCAAGACAGUGCUUAUCAAAAUAAGAGGCAGACACCAGGAUCUUCACUUCACAAAAAGCCACUAAAUCUGAGGAGAAAUUUGGAAGAGAACAAAGGAAGAGAAACCUGGAAGAGAAACAAGAGGCUCGUGUUUUCAGAGGAAGCUGACAGCCAAGACAGUGCCAUCCCCAACAUGGAGCUCACUGAGUUGUGCAAUAAUGAUCUGGGCUGCACACUCAUGAAGAACAACAGUGAGACAGAGGCAUGUGAAGAGUCUGAAUUACACCCUGCCAUGGCUACUCCUUGGCCCAGCUCAGGGGAGCAAUCAGCCCACCAGGCUGUCUCCACAAGUCCAGAGGAGCACUAAGGGCUUCACACAGGUGGGGAAUCCAGGCUAAGGCUUCAGAGGAGGAGAUAGCCUAUACUGGCCCUCCUGGUGCUGUCUCAGCAGUCCUACAGUCACAGAGUUCAGGUGUGUAUCCUGUCAAGAUAAGCCACCACUGGAGCAUCUUUUGAAUUUAAGAGUCACUGUUUUAUGAGGGUAUGGGACAUGGGAUGGGAAACAAUGUACGUUUUUUUAUUAAAUGACUUUCCAUCUCCUAGUAGCAUAACUCUCUAUAUGUUUGUAUGUAUGGGGGUCUAGUGCCAGCAGCUAGGCUGAGACCAUGGUAUUGGGGACUAGAAACACCCACAUGAGCCAAACCAUCCACCAGAUUGACCAGGGUCAGCAUCUGUGUGGCAUCUGGGGUGAGUGUGGGUGUGCUGUACGAGAGCCAGCAAACGUGGAGGUGGACCAGCUUGUGAGUAGAUGACAUGUGGCUUGGGAGUCAAGGGUGGGCUGGCUGAAUCCCACAGCUGAGGAGAAGAUGGCACUGUCCUCCUGUCAGAGGCACCUGGCAGUCAGGGUAAGAGCAAUGGGAACAAGAAGUUCCCAUUCAGUGUGAUAAAUGUUUUUUUCUUACUGAGAGGUAGGACAGACAUUGGAACAAGAGCCUGGAGAGGCUGAGGAGGCCCCAGCCUUGGACACAGUCAAAAUUCACCUGGACAGGGCUUGGAGCACCCUUAUCUUCCUAAUCCUGCUUUGUGCAUGGUCCUGUACAAGGUGACAUCCUAGAUUUCCUUUAGACUGACACUGUGAUGCCAUUUUUGGCACUAUGGGUAUUUCCUCUCUAUUUGAACUCUUCACUCUGUUCUCACUUUCUAGCAAGGCUGUGAGAGGAGAGAUCAUGGAAGACUGAGUUUACCAUAUUAUUCAACAUGUCGCUGCAAGUUCUCCUUUGGUGUUCCACAAAUGAUCAGGCAGGAGGAUCUGUACUGCAAGUGCAUCAAGGCCUGUGGGACAUUACCAAGACAGAUAUUUGGAAAAGAGUUACAUGUUUGAGAGCUUAGGAUGGGAAGC